AUGGCUGCGCGUUGCAACACGCCUAGUGUCAACCUCUUAUCCCUCCUCCUCCUCCUCUCCGGCGCCCUCCUCGUCGCCGCCGCCGGCAACUCUGCCAAGGACGCCUGCGACAAGGCGCCGGACCCGCAGUUCUGCGUGGCCUUCCUGGCGGGCAUCCCGGAGAGCAGGACGGUGGACGCGCGUGGUCUGGCGGAGCUGGGCAUCCGCGCCGCGGCCAAGAUCGGCGCCGCGGAGGGCACGGCCGCGCGCACCCAGCUGAACCUGGUCACCGUCAAGGGCCCGCAGUGGCAGUGCAUGGACUCGUGUGUCGCCGACGUCGAGGAGGCCGUCUCCCACCUCGACGUCGACAGGGGCAAGGGCGGCGUCACCGCCAUGGACGACGCCAAGUUCAACGACGCGCGCGACUACGUGGAGAGCGCCGAGAAGGACGGGCUGACGUGGAACUGCGACCUGUGCCGGGAUGGCCUCACGGCGCCCGUCAAGACCGGGCUGCUACCGAAAGGCAACGAGUUCGAGAAGAUCAUGGGGGCCAUCACCGCCCUCAUCAAGCGGGCCGGCGGGAGCGCCGCGCCGGCGCCGGCGCCCAGCCCUUCCUGAACUCGCCGCGAGAAAUAAUAAUACUUCUUGGUGUUCUUUUUUCUGUUCGACCAAGUUUUCUUUGCUAGCUAGUGUAUGCUCAUGUUGAUCGGUGCUUGCUUUAGUUUACAUCAUCUAUUAGCUCUGUGAUCUCCUUUUGUCAUUAUUGAUAUAUUGUCUGGUGCUUGCCAA